AUGCCGAACAAGCAAGAAAAACAAAGACAGACGCCCGCCACCAAGCCCAGGCUCAGGACUCAGAGGAGAGAGGAGUGUGGUCUACACUUCACAUCUCUGCCAAGCCUGGCACUGGAUUUGAAGUUCCACACCACUGAGCCAAACACAUCCAGACCCUCUUCCAACCUGGGGAUCUGGUGCACAGAGGGUCAGUGGGGCACUGAGAACACUGGCAAGAUUGAGGUGGAGGUGCUGAACGUGGAGUCCAAGCAGCUCAGGGAAAGAGCUGGAGACAGAGGAGCAGGAAAGACGGAUGGGGGAAGGACAUGUAAGUUGUGUUUGGCUACGGACAAACUAUUUCAGUGCCCCUGGGACUUACAAGAUGUUUGGAAUGAGGAACGACAGCUCUCCCAGGACGGUGAGCUCAGCGGAGGUCCCCAGAAAAACAUGCUAUGCGGGAGGAGAGUUUUCCCCAUAAGACAGACUGUCCUUCAGCCCCGGCCACCAAAGAGGAGCAACCUGGGCCUGCUGUUCUCCGGGACUGAAUGCGGCUGCAUCCUUCCCUUCCUCUGCUUCCUGCUCCAGUACUUACUGAUGGUGCACACGUGGGGCCUGGGGAAGCUGGGUACCUAACCCACGGUGCAGCUACGGAUGGGAAAUUCUGGGCAGGGACAAGCCUGUCUUCCCCUGGGGGAUUCCCUCCCACAUCGCACAGGGCAGAGUGGGAGUGCAGGAGGGCAGAGGACAUGUCUCAGGGCCAGGACAUGUCUAGGCUUACAGAAGACAUCAUCACUGUCCUCAUGAUGUUCACCCUGUCUCCUGUUUUUUGGGGCCAUGUAUUCCGAAAUGUAUCUUCAACUCAUCAUAGGGGCAAAAAGAAGUGAUGAGUCUGUGGCAGCAGAAAUCUGGGAAUCCAAGGGUCAUGCUACAUCUAGUCCUCUUUGGUAAAUUCUGCCUUCCUGUUCACACUUUUUGAGAAACCAUUUUGAAUUCCCAAACAGCAAAGGAAAUGCUGCAGGUUCCUGGAGGCACCUGGUGAUCUGGGGCAGAGCACACGGAGUCAAGAUUGCUGCGGGGUUCACGGGCCUCCCCUCCCGGGACCAGGGGCACCUGGGCAGGGGAGUCUGCACCAUGCGGGAAAGCCCAGUACAUACAGCUGCUCGCCCCUGCAGACUCCACAGUGCAGGGCUGACAAGGCCUCCCUCUCUAUCUGCCCUGGACCACAAGUGGAAAAGAUCAAGACAAAGCAAAAGCCAAUAUCCCUUAAGAA